AUGGCGGGAUUAGAAGGUUACGGUGAUGUCUACAGAGGCCGAUCUGCUAGAUCGUGGGAGACAGCGGGGACAUCCUAUCCGCAGAGGUACCACGGUCGAGAGGUUAUCCGCCCUUUGGACAUACCCGUUAUCCAUCCACUAGCAGAAGACAAUCCAUCGGUCGUCGACGACGAUAUCACUGUCAGCAAGUAUGUUGGAUUAGGUUGUGGAUUAGUGAGCUUGAUCACAGGAAACCUGCUGAUUCAUCCCUUCGUGGUGUUACGGAGACAAUGUCAAGUCAAUCCAAGUGCGUCCAGGUAUCAUCUGAUGCCCAUAACUCUAGUACCUGUGAUGGUACGUUUACACCAGACUCAAGGUAUAAAUACACUAUGGAAAGGGAUCGGUUCAGUUUUACUUGUCAGAGGAAUGACAAUGGCUGUCGAGGAUCUGAUUUCGAAAAUCACACCGUGGCAAAAGAAGAUCACUUAUAACAAUUCGAUGAAAGCAUUCGGUCAACAUAUACUCCUCAAAUGCAUCUCCAUAGGUAUAGUUACUCCCUUCUAUUCUGCAUCGCUCGUGGAAACUGUCCAGUCCGAGAUUGCUUCUGAAUGUCCUGGAAUCUUAGACGUUUUUCGAGACGGUGCAAUCCGUCUGCUUGAUGUAUGUAAUAAGGGUAGACUCAUUCCAAUUUAUGCCCUCGUACCACCCACUAUAGUUUAUGGAGUAUCAAAAUAUCUUUUCACUCUCAUUGUGAAAGGGGUUACUAGUCGGAUUAUGCACGUCAGGCAUAAACAUUCGCAAGAAGCAAAGGGUGCGUACAGUAAGGACUUGCUAUCCGAGAGCAUCAUCCAGGAUAUAGAGACACAAUCUAUACUAGUUUCGAUAUGUGUGGCCGAUAUUGUGUUUUAUCCUCUCGAAACUGUUAUUCAUCGAUUACAUCUUCAGGGAACACGCACCAUUAUUGACAACUUGGACACUGGAAGAAGUGUCACGCCGUUAUUGACUGGAUAUACCAGCGCGACCGAUUGUUACCGCACAAUAAUCUCCACCGAAGGGCCACUUGGUUUGUACAAAGGAUUCGGUGCCCUUAUCUUACAAUUCGCGGUACAUUUCAUGGUACUGCGCGCGACAAAGUGGCUCCUGACAGAACUGGGCACGAUGUUGAUGCCAAAACCUAAACCAAUAAAGAUACAGAAAUCUCCGUACUUCGAUGAAAUAUAAAGAAAACCUAUAA